AUGGUCCUCUCAUUUAUUCUCAUACAAAAUCGCCAGGGUAAAACACGCCUGGCCAAGUGGUAUUCGCCGUAUAGCGACGAUGAAAAAGUGAAAUUAAAGGGCGAGGUCCACCGCCUCGUCGCCCCCCGGGAUCAGAAGUAUCAAUCCAAUUUCGUCGAGUUCAAGCGUAGCACCAAGAUUGUGUACCGUCGAUAUGCCGGUCUCUUUUUCUGCGUUUGUGUGGAUGCGAACGAUAGCGAGCUAGCGUAUCUGGAGGCGAUCCAUUUCUUUGUCGAAGUACUCGACCAGUUCUUUGGAAAUGUUUGUGAGUUGGACCUGGUGUUCAACUUCUACAAGGUUUAUGCGAUUCUCGACGAAGUCUUCCUAGCCGGCGAAAUCGAAGAAACGAGUAAACAGGUCGUUCUCACGAGACUUGAACAUCUCGAUAAACUAGAGUAA